AUGAAUAAUAGUAUCAUUGCAAUCGAUCUUUUCCCAGAGAAUGAUGGAAAAAUAAUAAUGUACGGGGCUCCCAACAAAGAUAUCAGCUACCGAGUCGCCGGAAAACUACGGAUAAUUCUUUCGAAGCCACUGAAAGUAAAACAGGUCGUCAUAAAACUGAAAGGAAAGUCCGAAUAUUCCGAUUGGGAAAAUCAAUAUUCGGCCAUCAACCUCUUGAAACUUGAGUCAAUCCUGGUCGAGAAACAGUUAAUAGCACGGGGUGUAACCGACUUCGACUAUGAAUUCAAUAUUCCAGGUAAUACACCACAGACCUACGUCACUUCCUUCGGACUAAUCAAUUAUAAAUUAGUUGCGGUCGUUCAACCCAGUUCCAUGCUCGCAAGAGAUGGACACAUUGAACGAAGCAUAAAUUUCGGCCGACAUUACUUACCGUGUCGUCGCGAUUUAUUGCCAGCGCCACCGACGAAAGUUUAUCGUGGUCAACGAAAGAACUUUCUUAAAUAUGAAUUGGAUAUACCGACGGUGGUUGGAGUGAAUGAAAAAGGAAUGUUUGUGAGAGUUCGAUUAUUGCCAUUAUCGAUUCGUGGUCAAGUUCGUAAAAUUACUUUUGAUUUACUGCAAUCAGAAAAAUAUAGGAUUCAACCAACUCUAAAUGAUUUACAAGAAUUUGGCAUUGAUGAAACUCAAUUGGUUGGAAAUGUACAAUUAAAUGAUGCAUCAAAUACCAAGCGAAAGAGAAGUCAUCUGAUUAAACCCACUUCCUUAAGUAUCUCGAAUGAAGGAGACGCCUGGAAUAACCCGUUGACUUAUAAUCUACCAUUUGCAACGGUAAAAAGUCCAUUAAUGAGAGUUCGACAUAGACUUCGAAUUAUUAUUUCUUUCGAAGACGAGAGUCAAAAAAGACUUGACCUACAGUUUCCUCUCAUUUUUACAACUAUUCCGGAUGAACCAAUCGAUGGCAAUCACUUGGAUAGUGGUUUACCAACUUAUGAUGACGUAAUUAGAAAUUUUGAAGUGGAUGAGAAUGAAAAUGACCAUCCGAUUAUUCCAUAUGAAUCUGUGCAUCGCUCGAACACUUCGGAUACUGUUAAUAAUAAUCUGUCGUCUGUGAUUCAAGUGAAUGACGAUAAUAUUCCUCCUCUUCGUCAACAGAGAAGUCAACAAACUCUUGGAAGAUUAUUGUAUCGUUCUGAUUCUGAUUCAUCAUCUUCACCAAAUGUCUCAACUUCAUCUUCUCCAGUAUCGAGCUUUAACAAUUCGUCAUCAACAGCACGUGAUAAAAGAAUCCCACCUGAAUUAAAUCUUGUCCCAGCGACAGCACAUACGCUUCGACCAUCAAAUUCAUUAAAUAAUCUUGCUGCUGUCGCAGCUUCGUCCUCAACAGCUUCGUCUUCUUUAAUACGUGGAAGCCGUUUGUUCACUCGAGCAGGUCGUGCUAGUUGGUAUUUGAAUUUUGAUAAAGAUGAUGAACCAAUCGUCAACCCAGAGAUUCAUUCAGCUCCAUCAAGUCCACAAAAUACACAUUUUAUAACUCCACCAACUCCAACCGUUUCUGCCACUACAUCAUCACCUACCAAGAUAAAGUCAAAUGAGCCAUCGAUACAAUCACCAACUACCACUUCAUCAAUUAAAAGUCCGACAAGCGGAGGUGGAUUUAGCGGAAUGUUAAGAAGGGCCAGUUUAACAUUGAAACCUGUUUUACGAAUGAAACAACAAAAGAUGUCGGCGACCGUCCAAUUAAAUGGUGGUUUAACUGACGACGAUGACUUUGAAGACAUCGAAAGCAUGUGA